GGAGCCCGGCGCUCUGCUCCGCGCGGGCCCUGUCGCGCCGCAGGCAUAGGCUCAGUCCGCGCGCGCGGGGAGCGCAGCCUGGCGCCCCGCUGCAGCGCUCAUGAUCAGCGACUUCCUGAAGCCCUGACUCCCCAGGGUGCAGCGACAGGCCGCAAUGAACGCGAGCGCCUCCUCGCUCAACGAGUCCCAGGUGGUGGCAGUGACCGCCGAGGGAGCGGCGGCGGCGGCCACAGCGGCAGGGGCGCGGGACAGCGGUGAAUGGGGGCCCCCUGCAGCGGCGGCGCUGGGGGGCGGCGGCGCGGCUAACGUGUCCCUGGAGCUGUCUUCUCAGCUGCCGGCCGGGCCACCGGGGCUGCUGCUGUCGGCGGUGAAUCCUUGGGACGUGCUCCUGUGCGUGUCGGGGACGGUGAUCGCAGGCGAAAAUGCUCUGGUAGUGGCUCUAAUUGCGUCCACCCCCGCGCUGCGCACGCCUAUGUUUGUGCUGGUGGGCAGCCUGGCCACGGCCGACCUGCUGGCGGGCUGCGGUCUCAUCCUUCACUUCGUGUUCCAGUACGUGGUGCCCUCAGAGACGGUGAGCCUGCUCACGGUGGGCUUCCUCGUGGCUUCCUUCGCUGCCUCGGUCAGCAGCCUGCUGGCCAUCACGGUGGACCGCUACCUGUCUCUCUACAACGCGCUCACCUACUACUCGCGCCGGACCCUGUUGGGCGUGCACAUCCUGCUCGCCGCCACCUGGACGGUGUCCCUAGGCCUCGGGCUGCUGCCCGUGCUCGGCUGGAACUGCCUAGCAGAGCGCGCCACCUGCAGCGUGGUGAGCCCGCUGACGCGCAGCCACGUGGCGCUGCUCUCCGCGGCGUUCUUUGCGGUCUUCGGCAUCAUGCUGCACCUGUACGUGCGCAUCUGCCAGGUGGUCUGGCGCCACGCGCACCAGAUCGCGCUGCAGCAGCACUGCCUGGCGCCGCCCCACCUGGCAGCCACCAGAAAGGGUGUGGGCACGCUGGCCGUGGUACUGGGCACUUUUGGCGCCAGUUGGCUGCCCUUCGCCAUCUAUUGCGUGGUAGGCAGCCGCGAGGACCCGGCAGUCUAUACCUACGCCACCCUGCUGCCCGCCACCUACAACUCCAUGAUCAAUCCCAUCAUCUAUGCCUUCCGCAACCAGGAGAUUCAGCGUGCCCUGUGGCUCCUGUUCUGUGGCUGUUUCCAGUCCAAAGUGCCCUUCCGUUCCAGGUCCCCCAGUGAGGUCUGAAGGCUCCCUCCCUCCGUCCUCCUGCCAACACCACACUCACAACAAGCCACCCUUCAGUGAGCUUCUCGGUGCCUGCUGAUGAACUCUGA